UCAGCGCAGUGUGGAACUUCUCGUGAAAGAAGCAUGUGGAAAUAUGUGCUCCUAGUCAUCUUAGGCGCCGUACUUGUGCGCGCCCAGUUUCCGAGAGAAUGUGUAACUCCAGAGGGGCUGAGGAGCGGUCAAUGCUGUUUGUCACCAAGAGGGUUACCGAAUGAUGAGUGUGGGUCCAGCACAGGAAGGGGACAGUGUGUAUCAAUCAGCGCAGACAGACGACCCCAUGGCCCGCAAUAUCCCCACGACGGCCGGGACGACCGAGAGCGCUGGCCCAUCAGGUUCUUCAAUCGCACAUGUCGAUGUAACGGAAACUUCUCCGGUUACAACUGCGGACGGUGUAGGCACGGCUUCACUGGCGUUAACUGUGACCUGCGGGUUUCUGUCGUCAGGAGAAACGUGAUGCAGAUGACUGCCGCGGAAAAAGCCGCGUUCAUUAAUGCACUGGACCAGGCCAAACGCACGGUGCACCCCGACCUGGUCAUCGCCACCCGGAGGUACCAAGAAGUGUUCGGCCCGGACGGCAGCACCAUGCAGUUUGAGAACAUCACCAUAUACAACUACUUUGUGUGGACACACUACUACUCCGUCAGCAAGACCUUCCUGGGAGCAGGGCAGCAGAGUUUCGGUGGGGUGGACUUCUCGCACGAGGGCCCUGGUUUUGUCACCUGGCACAGGUUCCACCUGCUGCAGCUGGAGCGAGACAUGCAGGACAUGCUCCAGGACCCAACGUUCGCCCUGCCCUACUGGAACUUCGCCAUCGGGGGGAGCACCUGCGACAUCUGCACGGACGACCUCCUGGGGGCCAGGAGCACCUUCGACGCAAACGGCAUCAGCUCCAACUCGCUGUUCGCGGAGUGGAGGGUGAUCUGCGAGAGCGUGGACGACUACGACACGCUCGGGACCAUCUGCAACAAUACGGAGAGCAGCCCGAUCCGACGGAACCCGGCCGGGAACUCGGCCCGGCCCAUGGUCCAGCGUCUGCCGGAGCCUCAGGACGUGGUGGACUGCCUGGAGCUCGGCACCUUCGACACGCCGCCCUACUACUCCACAUCGUCCGAGAGCUUCCGCAACACCAUCGAGGGGUACAGCGCACCGCAGGGAAACUAUGACCCCAUAGUCCGCAGCCUACACAACCUGGCGCACCUGUUUCUGAACGGAACCGGGGGCCAGACCCACCUCUCCCCCAAUGACCCAAUCUUCGUCCUCCUGCACACCUUCACCGAUGCUAUUUUCGACGAGUGGCUCAGGAGGCACAGCCCUGGGGCUGCGGUGUACCCCAUGGAGAACGCUCCCAUUGGACACAACAGAGAUUUCAACAUGGUUCCCUUCUGGCCCCCGGUGACCAACGCAGAGAUGUUCGUGACCGCUCCAGAAUCCCUGGGCUAUUCCUACGAGGUCGAAUGGCCGACUCGCCCGUUAUCGAUGACCGAGGUCAUCACCAUCUCCAUCGUGGGCGCCGUGGUGGCCCUGGCGGUGAUUUGCUUCGUCACCACCUGCGCCGUGCGCGUGCGCGCGUACCGGUCCAACGAGGGCCGGGAACCGCUCCUGGGCGAACAGUACCAGCGCUACUCCGACGACCACGACCUACGGCAGGACAAAACCCAGUCCGUGGUCUGAGGCGGAGUGUUGCCGAACGCAAGCCAUUUCCUUCCGUUCUCCAACUGAAAUAAAGACACUGGUGGUUUUACAUCUUUAAAAUCUCGUGCAAGUCUUUUCUGUGACUUAGAAGUCGCUCCCUGUAGUUAACGACUAACUGUAAAAUAGCCAUGGGAUAGUUAUUUCUAUUAGUGAACAGCAAAAGUGCAUGCCAUUUAAUUUAUUGUAUUAGUAAACUGAUAUUUUGCUAAUAUUUACAGAAAUUUUAAUUAAUAAAGUGUAGUUCAGCUUCACAAAAUAAAAGUUAAGAUAAUUUAAUAAAAAUUAAGAAGACAGUAUCUUGUUUGUUCCUUCUGUAGCUGUUCUGAAGAAUGAUUUAGUCAAAGGGAGAAUCUCUCAAAAAUAUUGUCCUUCAGAUUAGAGAAGCUACAUCCUUUACCAACAUGGCGCGUCUCAUAAAUACGGAUAUCUCAUACUGUACCAGAGAGCUGACUGUGGCGUAGUAGUGUUUUCUGAUAUCACUUCAGCAUUAUGUGCACCUGCUGAACAGGGAGGAUACAUUUGUUGUGUAAAAUGGUUGAAUUGUUUGUCAAAAUAGGAAAAUUAUCUUGCUUUUUUUUAUGAUCAUUAUCGGGAUUCAUCGUCAUUCAGAUUUUGUAGAAAGAUCAGUAUCACAUAGAAAAUAUAAAUUGACAACAUGAGAUUGGGUAUACUGGAUAUUGUAUACAGUCUUCUACACAUAAACAGGUUACGAUUUCCCUUUUAUUACUAGUCAAAUGUUUUAGCUGCAUGAUCAUUUUAAGCUUAAAUAUAGACAGAUAUACAGCCAUAACAAAAUAUCAUCUUAAACAUAACCUUACACAGAGAGUAUACUUCAUGCAGUAAGGAAAGCCCAUUUAUUACAGUAAUAGCAGACUUUCAUCAUAAUUCCAGAUGAUUCAUCUGGAGGUAAUUAUCUAUGGCCACUUAUGUGUUAUUUUGAUUUGUGUUUCCUAUGGCCGAUUAACAUAAAGGACCACGAUGGAGUCCAGGACCAGGAGUGCAAGUCGUUCCUUCACAUGCAAGUCUUUUUGAUACACGUGUAUUAAGUUUGUCAAAUAAACUAAACUAGACAGAUAUGUAACAACAUGUUUUAUGUGACGUUAAUAUUCAAGUAUGUUUUGUGUAUCUGAACAUAUUUCAGAAUGAUAUAACACAUAUACGUAAACAUUAUAUACACGCAAAACAAAGACAGUGAGAAUUGUGUUAUGUGUUAUGCUUUACGUCCACCAGGGGGCGUGAAAGCAAUCUACAUCAAUUCGAACACAAGUUUAAACUUCCCAAUCGGUCUCACUUACAUUCAUUAUAUACUGUGUAUUUGUUUUAAAUGGGUGAAUUAAACCGAAUGGCUGACUAUU